GUCGAUCUCCUUGCUCCGCCCAGUCACCGUCCACACACAUUUCCUUGGAGUUUUGCAGAGACCACCCCUCCCUCCCUCCUCUCUCAUCCGAUCCAAGCUACGAGUAGACAAGUCCCGCACUGUGCUGUGGUGCUCCAUCUAGCCAGCUUUUCUUGCUCAGCUUAGCUUCCAAAUCUGCUCCACAGCUCCGGCGGCACAAGAGGAAAAUAUCCGUGAGUCCGCGAGAGGGAGAUCGUCCAUGGAGAAGGACAGCCACAAGGAGGGGGAGGGGGCGACGGCGUGGAUGACGGUGCCGGCGUUCGGGGACUGGGACAUGAAGAACGGCGCCAUGCCGGACUACUCCAUGGACUUCUCCAAGAUCCGGGAGAUGCGCAAGCAGAACAAGAAGGAGCUCUCCCGCGCCAGCCUCGGCGGCGACGACGACCUCCUCGCCCACCACAAGCAGCACCACCACCAGCAGCAGCCCGCCGCCAAGGCUCCCCAGCAGCCCACCAAGCUCGGCGCUCCGGCCAAAGACCACGGCCGCGACCACUCGCCCACCGGAAGGAAGAGGUUCCUGAGCUAUUUCCAGUGCUGCAUCAAGGCCUGAAGACCGGCUGCUGCCACCGCCCUCCGUCGAGGUACCGCAGCAUGAAGCGGCUUAGCAAAUUUAGCCUAGGCUCCUUUGGUGUUUGGUCAAGCUUGCAAUGAACGAAAUGUGUAAUAUAAUUCCACGCCCUGACGCUACCUGUUUAGAGAACCAGACGGUUUUAUGUGGGGAACAGAUUGCUUGUGAAUGUCAAGGUUACUAUCUUGCCUAGUAGUAAUAAUAUUCACUGAGAGAAA